AACUGAUCGUCGAUCGUCAUAAUUCACGCGUACGAUGGAGUCGUCGAAAGAACGAAAGAAUCAUGGAGAUCGUAGACAGACUGGCGGUUUUCCCGACGUCCAGUUCGUACACGAAUGUGAAAUGCCGCUUGAUCUGCGCCCGCAGGGGCCGCGAUCUCCUCGCGAAACGGGUCGACGGUCUCUUAAUCCGAUUUCGCGCGAUCACGGGGCAGUUACUCAAGAGCAAAUCUCAACUCGGCCAAGUUAUGAGGGACGCAGCCUUCUCGUUGGUCGAAGUCACGUACGCGACAGGUGGGGUGAACGAGCUGGUCCUGCAGGCGGUCGACAAGGCCAAGACCAAGGUUCAAUCCAGACAGGAGAUGAUCGGUGGGAUUCGACUAUGGAUCUACGAGUCUUUCCGUAGCGGCGCCGAUCCCUUCGAGUUUGCCGGAUUAGCUAGAGGCGGUCAACAAGUAGCUAGACUAAAGAUAAAUUACGGGAAGGCGAUCGAUCUGCUGGUCGACGUGGCGUCGUUGCAGCGCAAUUUCCAGAUCCUCGAUCGGGCAGUCAAGGCGACGAGACGUCGCUUAAACGCUCUCCGACACGUCAUUAUACCGCGGUUGGAACGGACCCUCGCCUACAUCGUCACCGAGCUCGACGAAUACGAGCGGGAGGACGUCUAUCGCCUUAAGAAGAUACGGGAAUGGAAGACGAAGCGGCGACAUCACGAUCAUCUGGACGGACGCGUCUCUCACAAUUUCACUCGGAGCGCCAACGUCCUCGACGACACGGACGAGGAUCUUCUGUUUUAAUAUGUUUAAUUAUACCAAGAAAAUACAGGCCGUAAAGCCAGUCUUGACUGCUGCCAAACGUCGGGAUAUAAUGAUAAUGAGAACGUGACCUUCCCUUCCUCCUAAUCUACUCUUGACCCUUGACGGAUCUCGUAUAGGUGUAACAGCUGCGCUGAAACGGGAGAAACCUCUUUUCGCGUUAAAAUUCCAACUUGCUAGACAUUUUACGUCCAAUUUUUACAUAUAUAUAUCAAACAGUAAGGUCUCUUAAAAUGUCGAUCAUUUCU